AUGCUCAACCCUCUUCAGGCUGAUCUGUACAAACUAAGGACGGAGCACUAUCCACAGGGGCCGUCUGGGGUGCGUGUUCCGGCGUCUCCACCGCGGCAGAACAGCGAUAUUCCUCCUGAGGCAAUGCCGUGGAUGAAUGUCGGGCGGGUGAUCCCUCCGCCCGUAGCCCAGGCAGGCGCCCCCGACGCCAUAGCCAUGGCCAAGCCUAAAACCAGAGCAAGGAGCGCCCGCUCAGAGCCCAACACGCGGCGCCGUAGAUCGAAUCACAACUUAGUAGAGCAGCGUCGUCGCGAGGCCAUUGCCGAGAAUAUCCGCAUGCUCGACGAGCUGCUGCCCGAGAGCGUCGAGCUGCCAGAGUCUAGAUCUGGCAAGCUGGACCAGCACUGUAAAUCCAAUGUCCUUCGCCGGGGGGUUGCCUAUGUGACAAUGCUCAAGUCGGAGCAGACGGCUGCCGCGAAACGGAUAAAGGAGCUAGAACAGCGCGUAGCCCAGCUCGAAGACCUUCUGGAAGGCGCCUACUGCCGGGAUCCCAAGUACCCCAUGUGA